AGCUUAUGUUUAGUGGGGAAUGCUGCAUAGUAGAGUUAAAUGUGUUUAGAGUUGUGAAUGCACACCCUGUCGUUCUUUAGCCUGUUUGCUUUUAAGUUAUUCAUUACUUCUGAAGUAUUACUGAGACUAAGCAGUUUGGUUGAGCUGUGUGUGCCCACAGAAGUACUUGUGAGGGAACCUCAGUCUGCUGUGUGAGUGAGGUUAAGGGUGUACGUGGCAGAUCAGCACACACUAGGUAGAGACUCUUGUUCGUGACCCACUUUCUUUGCUGAAAUCACUUUGUUUUCUAGUUGGGUUUUUUUUAGGCCUAUGUGCUAGACAGAAACUGUCGAGGAAGAUUCUUCCUGAUAUAAUGGAUGCUGUAGUUGGAAGGUGGAUGACUUAUUUAACGGUAUUUCAAGUUUCAAUUAAUCUGAGACAUCCUCUUAAGGCAGUAGUACAGUUCAAAGGCUACAUUGCAAGCACUUAGAUCCUUCAUGUCGAUCGUAGCUGCUGUAAAGUAACCUUCUUGAUAUCCAGUGCCAAACUUACUUGUGAAAGCUUUGUAGCUUGUUGGCAGUGCCAACCCAAAUCUUGGUGCCAGUGGUUCACCCUUGUUGUGUAACACUCUUUAGGUGUUGCAGAUAAUGGCCAGAUUUGUGCUCUCCUUUGUAAGAACAAGGCUUUUCUACCAUCUGUAUUAUUUAAGGGAGUUGCAUUGUUGAUUAGAGCUUAUUUAAAUCAAUGUGUGAUCCUAAUUGGAGGACAGACCUGCAUUAGUAUGGGCUUGACUGUCUUCUCCCCUAAGCUGUUCAACAAUGUUUGCUUUUCUCAGAUCAGGUAUUUUUCAUCUGGUGCAUGUGUGACAUGAAGGUCAUGUUGCUGUUGGAAGAAACUAAAGAGAAGUUAAUUAAAAAGUCAUAGAGGAGAGUUGAAAACAUUGGAAUUAAAGCUGACUGCAAUUAACAAAUUAGUGUAAUUUUCACUAUCAUGAUAGAAAUGUGGAUAGUCUAAGCCUAUGAUAUUUACAUUAAGAUUUGAAGUAUCACAUGUGAAAUUGUUAUCAAAAUUGAUUCCUUUAGGAAACAAUACAGGAACUUUUUGAGCUUAUCUCAUUCAAGUUGCUGUAAUUGCUGCUAAUUGAUAUGUACGGUAAAAUCAUGCCAGUGUUUCAGUGAUGCUAACUGGUAUAUGCUGUGCUUCAAAAUAUUGUUGGCCUUGGUAUGGACAGGCACAUAAAAUUAGCUAGAAGUGGCUAUUACUGCUCAUGUGUGAUGUUGGAAUUAGUAGGAUGAUGGCAUUUCUGAAGGUCAGGUCUGGGGAAGUAGGUUGAUCUUUGUAAUAGUGGAAAGAAAAAGACAUUCUGAAGGGGCGUUCUUUUUCCAGAUGUAAUGGAUGUGGGAGAUGAAGGGUCUUCAGCAGUCUUCCAAGUGCAGUUCUGCCAUGUAUCACUUCAGGAGAGAAACCCAUUUAAUUAGCCUUUAAUGGAACUUUGUGCUGCAGUUUUUAGGAAUGAUUGCAAAUCCUUAUUAGGUAGGUAGGCAGGUAGGUUGCACUGAGUGCUCCUCUAGUGGAAGGAUGCCUCUUCCAGGAGUGUACCUUGUACACACGCUGGCAGCUGCAGGAUCUCUGUGUUGGCAGAUGUUCUGCAGCAGCUGUUUUGUGCCUGUUGAUUUUGAGCAGCUGAUGCUCAGCACUCAGUGGUAGAAGAGGAACAAGGCUGGGACCAGGAUCCCUGUGGCAGGACACCAGUCUGAAAGAUGCUGCAACAUUUUAAGCCAAACUUAAUUUUUCUUUGGCCUGCAGAUUCCACUGCUCUGUUGUCUGUAGGCUGUGGUGUGAUAGUCCAGGUGUCCCAAGCUGAAUGUUUUUCAGCUCCACUUGCUCUCUGUGGAGCCCAUUUCACACACAGGUUCACCUAUACUUCUGUUGAGUGCUAUUAUAUACCCCUCUGGUAACAGUAUACUCUUCAGAGUUUUAUAGAAUGUAUAAAAACUUUAAGAUGGGUGCAGAAUAGUAGUAUGAUUUUCUAUUGUACUGAAGUAAAAUAACAAUAAUACUUUGAUAUAAGUAUUAAUUACCAGUUAUUUGUGGCAUCUGGCUAAUGAUAUUGUACAGAAUGCAUUGCAGUAAUGAAAUGUGGAAGUUCAGGAAGUCCAAAGAAGUUCAAACCCAGCAGAAACUCUUCCCUAUUUACUCAGUUGUAGACAAAACCCUCUGUUCACACAAUUGUGUAGGAGCUGUUAGAAGUCUGAAAACACAAUCAGAUCGCCAUAAGAAUAACUAUAAUAGUCUCAAGACUAUUUCAGAGCCAGUGAUGUUUUUAUUCUCUGAAAGAGUCCUCGUGUAAAGCGUUACACAGCUGUCACGCUGGCCAGGCUUGAUGGAAACAACACAGGAAAGAGAACCCUCUAAGACAGUUCAGUAGAGUUGAUUGUAACACACUAUGGAGUAGCAGCAGAGUGCUGCUUUGAAAUGAUCAUCUCAUUUCAAUUUUAAAUAUAUUGUUGUAUUACAUAUAUAGAACUUUGCUUGUGAUAGCAUCACUGCACUAUUGUAGUGUUACUAAAUGAUCUCAAGAGAGCAGCUCAAAAAUUUUUCUGGAACAGGAAAUUCUCCCACUGCAGACCCUUCUUGGUAUGUUCCAGUCAUGGUAGUGCAGGAGUGUAGGGCAUAUUACAGAGGGGUUUGACCUCACAGUGCUGGUUCUUGGAACAGUCUGCCAAAUAGAAAUGAGCUUUGGGCUGACUACUCCUGGGAAAUUUUGUGAAUGCAUUGGUUAAAAGUGACUAAGUGUGCAUGGGUUUUGUUGGAAAGGCCUCUUCGUUUGCUGUUAGUGCAUUAGUGACAUAAUGGGAUUUUUAUUUUUAGUCGAACAGUGUAACUUAUCUUUCUUCCACUAGAUGGCCCAAGCACGCUUCCAAGUACCCCGUGAGAACUGCAACUUAAUUAAUUUUUAAAAUAAAUUCAUAUCAUUUUAACUGAAGUUAAAAUUCUGCAUCAUGAAGUAUAUACAGACUUUGGGGAUGCUUUGUGCUUGUUUAAAAUACAAGCAUUGUAUAUCAACCGAGAGAGUGUUGGUUAAUGCAAGUAAUAGGUGAUAAUGAAAGUUUAUCUUUUUCCUUGAUUAGAACUUUUCUUAUUGAGUGUUACAUAAGGCUGUUUAUUUUUGCAUUGAGAUGACAACUGGUGUACUGGCACUGACAGUGUGCUCAACAGUAAUUGUUCAAGAGAGGCUCUAAAAAGGUGUUGAUCUCAGGCUGCAGUUUGUCCCUGACAUCUAGGAAUGAGUUGUAUUUUGCAGACCACCAUCAUUGAUUUUGUUUUUUUGGUGGCUUGAUUUUUGCAACAUAGGGUUUUUAUAACAGCUUGGCAGGUUCUUUCACGGGUGUACAGGUGUGGUCAGUGCAUUCUGAAUAGUUGUGUUAUUAAAUGUAUGGACUGUAAUUUAAUUCAUCUAUUUUUGUUGUCUAAUAGACAUCAAGUAUAGGCUUGUUAUCAUGACUGUAUUUUUGGUUAGUGGAGACAGAAGGGUGUACACUGAAGGCAGCUCGUGCUGUGAGUGCAGUUGGACACUGGAAUGAGGCUGAAGAAGUGGUGGGAUGUUCAUUCAUAGACAUUCAAAACUCAACAGGACCAAGCCUUGAGCCAGCUCAGGGUCCCCUCCAGCCUCAAUUAUUCUGCAGUUCCAAAAGGAGAUUUUAUUAGUUCCUUUGCUGUUUAAAACAAAAAUAAAUACAUGGAAAAUGCAUAGUUGUCUUUCUGAACUAGUUUAUAACUUUAGUAUUUUGCAUUCAGUUCCAGCUUUCCUUUUGCUUCUGAGGACAUUGAUGUGGUGGUAUUAGACCACCAGGAAAAGCAUGUGUGUCUGCAUGUGCUCUUCUCUUUCUUAAAUUGCAAUCCUCAAUUGGAGGGGAAAAAAAAACCCUACCAUAUAAAGGGAGUGCUGUAUUCCUUCAUUUCACUGCUGCACUUGCCAAAUGCCAUCUCUAUGCUGUUACUAGUUUAUAUUGUUACUCCCAGUGUCUCUCUGUAACAGGGAUGAUAGAUUUUCUCUUUUUCCUUUCCUCAGGAUCUUUCCUAGAUUUUCUCUUCUGCUCUUCAACAGCAGUUGUCCCUUCCUCUGCAUCUGACUGUGCUCCUGUUUUUCAUUCCUUUUCCCAUUGUCAGUAUUUGUCCUGUCCUGCCACUUUCCUGUUUCUCUUCCCUUUUCUGACUGGAGACAAAUCAACAUGUCCAUGUGCACUAGAAGGGUGGACAUAAGUGGAGUAUUUUGGUGAAAGGGAUGUUGCUGCCUGCAGUCAAUUCUAUAGACAAAGAGGUGUAAUCUGCUCUGGUUCAUGGCCCUACCGAUACAUGUUGGAGUUCUCCAUUUGCAGUAUUUUGGUCUUCCUUUCUAAUUUUUUCCAAAGUCCAGUCCAUAGCUUUCAGUUUAUUGAGCAAUGGACCACACAGAGUUUCCCAGUUGAGCCAGUGACAGAGAAAUUUUUAAAUACAUUAUUUUUGUGAUAGAUGUGUAUGUUUAAGAGGAUUUCUUUCCUGAAGUGAUAUACUCUAACUUUGUGUAGGAAAUUGGCUGCGUGGCCUUGCAACUGCUGUUAUGAGUAAUACAGACUUUACUUUGCAUGUGACUGGAAACUAAACUGAUGAAAUCAAUUCCAUUCUUAGCAACUUAGUAGUGGAAAACAUAGCUAUAGGAAUAAAAUGGUAAUGAUAUGUCUUGGUUAGCAGCCUGUGUUAUGGUUUAGUUCAGAUUUUUUUUUUACUGAACAAAUUUAAUAGUAAGUAUGAAAUAGAGUGGGUUUAAAAAGGUGUAUUUCUAGGAAAUCUUUGAUGCAACAGAAACAAAUAGGUGGCAUUUGUCUACCUGUAGUUUGCUUGCUCUGUAUUAUAUGGAACUUGGCUGUGAAGGAUGUUAUCUAAUCACGAUGGGAAGGUUUUUCAGUUUGUAUCUCAGUCUUGUCUCAAAACUUUGCUUGGGAACUGGACAGUUGAAACAGGUAGUAAUAUUUGUCUUCAGGCAAACACUUCAUACAUCUGGUGUAUGUAGUACAAUAAUAUGCUUGUUUGUCAUUUUGCAUCUGGGAAUACAGAAAUUAUAUUUUAGGGCAAACAAAAAUAGUGAUGGACAGGACGUCAGGAAGGUGUUGUGUUUCACAUCUAUCUCAGCGUGUUUACGUAGUGGCACCUCUUAAAUGCACGUGGGCGUUUUGGGUGGGUGGAUGUGUGACACGGCAGCCACGACGUUGUAGUACCUGUGAAAGCUGGACAAAGCUGCAGAAGGUUGCAGAAUCAGAUGUCACUAGUAGAUUUGGGAAAGAAACUUUUAGAAGCUGCACGAGCAGGUCAAGAUGACGAAGUUCGCAUUUUGAUGGCAAAUGGAGCACCUUUUACCACAGACUGGCUGGGAACAUCUCCACUUCAUCUGGCAGCACAGUAUGGGCACUACUCAACCACAGAGGUGUUGCUGCGAGCGGGUGUGAGUCGGGAUGCCAGAACCAAAGUGGACAGAACUCCCUUACAUAUGGCAGCAUCAGAAGGCCAUGCCAGCAUAGUAGAAGUCUUACUUAAGCAUGGUGCUGAUGUCAAUGCGAAGGACAUGCUCAAAAUGACUGCACUUCACUGGGCUGCUGAGCAUCACCACCAAGAAGUUGUAGAACUCUUGAUAAAAUAUGGAGCAGAUGUUCAUGCUCAGAGUAAAUUUUGCAAAACAGCAUUAGAUAUUGCAGUAGACAAUGGGAAUGAAGACAUUGCAGAAAUAUUACAGAUUGCAAUGCAGAACCAAAUCAACACAAACCCAGAGAGCCCGGACACUCUGACGAUACACGCGGCAACACCGCAGUUCAUCAUUGGACCUGGAGGGGUGGUGAACCUAACAGAUGAAACAGGAAUGUCUGCUGUACAGUUUGGAAAUUCAUCAACAUCAGUGUUAGCUACGUUGGCAGCUUUAGCAGAAGCAUCAGCUCCACUGUCUAAUUCUUCGGAAACACCAGUUGUGGCCACAGAAGAAGUUGUGACUGCAGAGUCUGUGGAUGGGGCCAUUCAGCAAGUUGUCAGUUCUGGAGGUCAGCAGGUUAUUACUAUAGUUACAGAUGGCAUUCAGCUGGGUAACCUGCAUUCCAUUCCAACCAGUGGAAUAGGGCAACCCAUCAUUGUGACCAUGCCAGAUGGGCAGCAAGUAUUAACAGUGCCAGCAACAGACAUUGCUGAAGAAACUGUGAUAAGCGAAGAACCGCCAGUGAAGAGACAGUGCAUUGAGAUUGUUGAAAAUCGUGUGGAGUCUGCAGAAAUAGAAGAAAGAGAAACUCUUCAGAAACAGCUGGAUGAGGCAAACAGAGAAGCACAAAAAUACCGUCAGCAGCUUCUAAAGAAGGAACAAGAAGCAGAGGCCUAUCGGCAGAAGUUAGAGGCAAUGAACCGCCUCCAGACUAAUAAAGAAGCUGUUUAAUAAAAAAUGAACACACUGCAAAGCCUGUUACUUUCAAAAACCUGCAGUACAAUCUUGAACUGUACACUAUAUAGGUACAGACACGGGAUUUCAUGAUAGAGAAGAUGCUACAAGUUGAUAACUGGACUUAAGCCGUGAGCUCUGAUUAAUUUCUUGUAACAUAAAAACUCUGAAUUUAGAAAUUGUGAAAAGUAUUUAAAAUGAAAUACUGUAAAUAGUUGGUUUUUUUACAGUUUCAAAAUGAGUUGAUAAAUCUUUUUGAAGGGAUCCAGAAACACGAAAAGCCAAUGUUUUUGUGAAAUUUUUGAUUUUAGUAUGAAUCUAACUUCUGAAAAACAGAACAGUUUUAAGGGUGAUGUUGAUUCAAGCUGACAACUUGAAAAUUGAUUAUGUGACAAAAUUAAAUAACAGUUAUUUCUAUAUGAUAACAACUCAAACAACUUCUCUGAAUAAGACAUUUCCAGGUGGAAAUCUUUGUACAGCUUUAAGUAGUUGUCUCAGAUUCUCUGAAAACCAUUUUUGGUUUUUUUUUAUUUUAGGUGGUGAAAUUUUUAUAUUUAAUUUCAGAUAUAUCCAAGUAGAUUUACAUGUAUAUGAAGCUAAUAUUUUUUAAACUUUUCAGUUUGUACAUAUGCUGCAUGUUUUUAUAAUUUCUACACGUACAUCUUGCAUAGGUAUUUUUCAGCAAAGAUGAGAAAAAUUAUGACAAAAAUGUUUAGCCUAUAGGUCAUUUGAAUUAAGCUAGCAGCCAGUUUUAUCGUGGAUGGUAUAUUUCUUGGAAGAAUGUAAUUUGUAAUUAAGAAGAAUAAAAAAGAAUCUUAAUUUACAUAUUAAGAGGCAAAAUCUGGUAGUGGAGGCAUUGAAACUUCACUUCGUGUGUCUUACGAUUUUCCUGUACAAACAUUUUAAAGUUCAGUAAUGAAUAGAAAAGAAUGUCUCCACUGGAACACAAAUAGUGUUUAUUUUAGAAUAUUCCUAUUGAUCUCUCUUUCCCAAUAACCUUGAAAUUACUUCAGUGAUACAUUUUUUUCUGAACAGACUUUUGCAUUUUAAUUAUGCAAUCGGACAAGUAACUUUUUUAUGUUGUAGUGAUGCUCUUCCUCCCCAGCAUCAUUGUUCCUCACUGUGAUACUGUGUUUGUGUGUGUCUGUGCAGUGAUCUAUUAUGCUUAAAAUUUAUAUGGCACGUUACAUCUUCAGAGCAUUGUAAAAUCUUUUAAAGAACCCUUUACUGCACUGCCUGAGGCAGGUAAGUGUUAUUGUCUCAGUUUUAUAACUGGUAUAUAAAUGCAACACAAGGGAGUGGUAAAUGACUGGCAUAACACCACGUGAACCUGUGGUCACCUGGGAAUGGAUCUCAGGAGUUCCUGGCUUCUAGUCCUGUGCUUAGACUGAGCUGCCUUAAGAUUGUUCAGUGCUGUGUUACAUUAAAUUUUGAACUACUGUGCAGAUUUGUUUUUUGUAAGAUAAAACUCUUUGUGCUUUGCUUUGUUGUUCCAUGUUCACUGCUUUUAUGGAAUUGUUUAUAUAAACUUAAGCAAAAAGUCUGGUUUAUCUAUACUGUACACGGAAAAUUACCCUUAAAACUGUACUCUGGCCUACUUUUUCUAUUUUGCAAUUAAAUAUCUUUUCCACAUA